CGAAGCUGAAGAUUUCUCGAACACUCCAGGACGGUAUAAAACCCAUCCUGCUCUCCCUUCCCCAUCGUUAGGCAAGACAGUGUUGUUGCCAACUGAGGACCAACCUCACACGAAGACUAGGCAAACCUAAUAGAAAGAUGCCCGAGGCGCACGACCAGCCCAUGGAGGAGGAGGUGGAGACUUUCGCCUUCCAGGCUGAGAUUGCUCAGUUGAUGUCUCUGAUCAUUAACACCUUCUACUCCAACAAAGAGAUCUUCCUCAGAGAGCUCAUCUCCAACUCCUCUGAUGCUUUGGACAAAAUCAGAUAUGAGAGUCUGACUGACCCCACCAAGUUGGAUUCGGGCAAAGACCUAAAAAUCGAGAUCAUUCCCAACCCCCAAGAGCGCACCCUGACCCUGAUCGACACGGGCAUCGGCAUGACCAAGGCUGACCUGAUCAACAACCUGGGAACCAUUGCCAAGUCUGGUACCAAGGCCUUCAUGGAGGCCCUGCAGGCUGGAGCUGACAUCUCCAUGAUUGGCCAGUUCGGUGUGGGUUUCUACUCUGCUUAUCUGGUAGCUGAGAGGGUGACCGUCAUCACCAAGCACAAUGAUGACGAGCAGUACAUCUGGGAAUCGUCUGCUGGUGGCUCCUUCACAGUUAAAGUUGAUAACCAUGAGCCUAUUGGGCGUGGCACCAAAGUGAUCCUGCACCUGAAGGAUGACCAGACAGAGUACCACGAGGAAAAAAGGGUCAAAGAGAUUGUGAAGAAGCAUUCACAGUUUAUUGGCUACCCCAUCACACUUUUUGUGGAAAAAGAGCGAGACAAGGAGGUGAGUGACGAUGAGGCUGAGGAGGAGGAGGAGGAGAAGAAGGAGAAGGAGAAAGAUGAGGAAGACAAGGACGAGGACAAGCCUGAGAUCGAGGAUGUGGGUUCAGAUGACGAGCACGACCAUGACAAAUGCUCAGACAAGAAAAAGAAGAAGAAGAAGAUCAAGGAGAAGUACAUCGACCAUGAAGAGCUGAACAAGACCAAGCCUCUGUGGACCCGUAACCCAGACGACAUCACCAAUGAGGAGUACGGAGAGUUCUACAAGAGCCUCACCAACGACUGGGAGGAGCACUUGGCAGUCAAGCAUUUCUCAGUGGAGGGCCAGCUGGAAUUCCGGGCCCUGCUCUUUGUGCCUCGCCGCGCGCCCUUUGACCUCUUUGAAAACAAGAAAAAGAAGAACAACAUCAAGUUGUAUGUGCGAAGGGUGUUCAUCAUGGACAACUGUGAUGAGCUCAUCCCAGAGUACCUCAACUUUGUCAGGGGUGUGGUGGACUCUGAGGAUCUCCCCCUGAACAUCUCCAGAGAGAUGCUGCAGCAGAGCAAGAUCCUGAAGGUGAUCCGCAAGAACCUGGUCAAGAAGUGUCUGGAGCUCUUUACAGAGCUUUCAGAAGACAGGGAAAACUACUCCAAGUAUUACGAGCAGUUCUCUAAGAACAUCAAGCUGGGUAUCCAUGAGGACUCUCAGAACAGGAAGAAGUUGUCAGAUAUGCUGCGCUACUACACUUCCUCCUCAGGAGAUGAGAUGGUGUCUCUCAAGGACUAUGUCACACGCAUGAAGGACACCCAGAAACAUAUCUAUUACAUCACUGGUGAGACCAAAGACCAGGUAGCCAACUCUGCCUUUGUGGAGCGCCUUCGCAAAGCUGGUCUGGAGGUCAUCUACAUGAUUGAGCCUAUUGAUGAGUACUGCGUCCAACAGCUGAAAGAGUAUGAUGGCAAGAACCUGGUUUCAGUGACCAAGGAGGGUCUGGAGCUGCCUGAGGAUGAGGAUCAGAAGAAGAAGCAGGAAGAGCUGAAGACCAAGUUUGAGAACCUCUGCAAGAUCAUGAAGGACAUCCUGGAGAAGAAAGUGGAGAAGGUCACAGUCUCCAACCGCCUAGUCUCCUCUCCCUGCUGCAUCGUCACCAGCACCUACGGCUGGACGGCCAACAUGGAGAGGAUCAUGAAGGCUCAGGCCCUCAGGGACAACUCCACCAUGGGCUACAUGGCUGCCAAGAAGCACCUGGAGAUCAACCCAGACCACGCCAUCGUGGAGACCCUCAGGCAGAAGGCCGAGGCAGACAAGAACGACAAGUCUGUCAAGGAUCUGGUCAUCCUGCUGUUUGAGACGGCACUGCUGUCUUCUGGGUUCACCCUGGACGAUCCCCAGACCCACUCCAACCGCAUCUACAGGAUGAUCAAGCUUGGUCUGGGUAUUGAUGAGGAUGACCUGACCACAGACGAGCCUUCCUCUGCCCCACUUGAAGACAUGCCCCCUCUGGAAGGGGAAGAUGACACAUCCAGGAUGGAGGAGGUUGAUUAGACCAGACGCCGUUGUAUCAUACCAGAAACCGUUGGGCAGUAGUGUUGUGUAUGCCUGGAUUUGAUGUUUUGUUCAUGUGGAAUGUUUCCCUGCUUUCCACUCAACCAGGAUCCUUUGCCCUCCACUUGACCACAAACAGCUCAGAUUCAUUCCUUGAAAAAUUGUGUUUUGUUUAUUUUAAGAAAUAAGAGCCAUUUGACACGUUUUCUUUUUUUUUCUAUUAAGUUUUGUAUCUAUACACAUACCGGCAUUCCUUUUGUGUCAUUUUAUUGUAAAUAUCUUCUCAAAAUUGAUUCUGUAUCGUGAAACGUUGGAACCCAAAAUAAACAUAUACAAUACAUGUA